AUGGGUGUUUGGACUAACGUAUUGGUUACGUUUCUUAGUAUUCUCGCACUUUCGCGGUGUGAAUCUGGUAAAACAGAUUAUGGAACUGUAAUUGGUAUUGAUCUCGGAACCACUUAUUCUUGUGUUGGUGUCUUCAAAAAUGGACGGGUUGAAAUCAUCGCAAACGAUCAGGGCAACCGUAUCACACCGUCGUACGUCGCUUUCACAAACACUGGUGAACGUCUUAUCGGCGAUGCUGCCAAAAACCAACUGACAUCGAACCCUAGAAAUACUCUUUUUGAUGCCAAGCGUCUUAUAGGCCGAACCUUUGAUGAUAAGGAUGUUCAGGAGGAUAUGAAACGAUAUCCUUUCAAAGUCAUCAAGAAGGGUGACAAACCAUACAUGGAAGUUCAAGUUGGCGAUGAGGUCAAGGCUUUCGCUCCUGAAGAAGUCUCGGCCAUGGUUUUGGGCAAGAUGAAGGAGGUUGCUGAGGCUUAUCUCGGUACUCCGGUUACCCAUGCCGUAGUGACCGUGCCAGCCUACUUCAAUGAUGCUCAACGUCAAGCAACCAAAGAUGCAGGUGCCAUUGCUGGUCUAACUAUCCUUCGUAUCAUCAAUGAACCAACUGCCGCAGCUAUUGCCUACGGUUUGGAUAAGAAAGAAAGCGAAAAGAACAUCCUUGUAUUCGAUUUGGGUGGUGGCACCUUCGAUGUCUCUCUCUUGACAAUCGACAACGGUGUGUUUGAGGUCGUAGCAACUAAUGGGGAUACCCAUCUGGGUGGUGAGGACUUCGAUCAACGUUUGAUUGAUUACUUUGCUAAGUUAUACAAGAAGAAGGAGGGUAAGGAUAUCAUGAAAGACGUUCGUGCUGUUCAAAAGCUCAGACGUGAAGUUGAAAAGGCUAAACGUACCCUAAGUACUGAGCACAGUACUGUUAUUGAAAUCGAUAGCUUUAUUGAUGGUAAGGAUUUCUCUGAAACACUCACCAGGGCCCGGUUUGAAGAACUAAACAAUGAUCUCUUCAGAAGCACUAUUAAACCAGUAGAAAAUGUUAUGAAGGACUCGGAUCUCAAAAAAGAAGAUAUUCAUGAUAUUGUCUUGGUUGGUGGCUCGACUAGAAUUCCAAAGGUUCAAGAACUCGUCAAAGAAUUUUUCAAUGGCAAGGAGUUAAGCAGAGGUAUCAACCCUGAUGAGGCUGUUGCAUAUGGUGCUGCUGUGCAAGCUGGUGUCAUAAGUGGUGUUGAAGAUACUGGUGAUAUCGUUCUUCUUGAUGUCUGCCCACUUACUCUGGGUAUUGAGACUGUUGGUGGUGUUAUGACAAAACUCAUUGGCAGGAACACCGUAAUUCCUACAAAGAAGUCUCAAGUCUUCUCUACUGCUGCUGAUGACCAACCAACUGUCACCAUCCAGGUCUAUGAAGGUGAACGUCCCUUGACCAAAGAUAAUCAUUUCUUGGGUAAAUUCGAUCUUACUGGCAUUCCUCCGGCUCCACGCGGUAUCCCACAAAUCGAAGUCACAUUUGAAAUUGAUGUGAACGGCCUUCUGCAAGUGUCUGCCGAAGAUAAGGGCACUGGUAAAAGAGAAAAAAUCGUUAUCAACAAAGAGACCAAUCGCUUGAGCCCUGAGGAAAUCGAGAAAAUGAUCCAGGACGCUGAAAAGUUCUCGGAUCAGGACAAACAGGUGAAGGAACGUGUUGAGGCUAGAAAUGAAUUUGAGAGUUUGGCUUACUCUGUCAAGAACCAAGUGAAGGACAAAAAGAAAUUGGGUGACAAGCUGACCGAAGAAGAUAUCAACACCAUUGAAAAGGCCGCUGAAGAUGCUAUUAAAUGGAUGGAAGAUCAUCCACAAGCUGAAACAAGCGAAUACAAGGAAGAGAAGAAGAAAUUAGAUAGCAUUGUUCAACCAAUUAUCAGCAAGCUUUAUCAAGGACCAGGUGGUGCUCCACCACCUCAUCCAGGAGGUAGUGAUGAAUCCAUGCCCAAGGAAGAAUUGUAG